UCUCUCUCUCUCUCUCUCUCUCUCUUUCUCCCGUAAAGCCACCCCUUGCUCUCUUUUUUUUCUCAGUAUCCUCAGGUUUCUCUUCCAAGACCUCUCUCUCUCUCUCUCUCUCUCUCUGAUCACACUGAAUCUGCAGAUUUAGGGCUCAUCCGUUGCUAAGAAAAUCUCUCCACUUCCCUCUCUAAUGGCUUUUCGUGAAGGUCAUUGAUGAUCGCUGGGAGUUUCUGUUAUUUAUAUUUCCAGCUUGUUUCUUGGUGAGAAAUCCGGUGAUUUUGAUGGAGGAGGGUUAGGUAUUUGAGAGGAUUAACAGAUGGAGAGUUCGUGGCAGAUGAAAUGCGGUUCAGCAUUGCAGUCAUCGGUACUACCGGUAGGCUCGUCGGCAUCACGAGAGCCUCAGAAUCAGGUGGAGAUGAAUCCAGAUACCCAUUUCUAUUCAUAUUUUGCACAAGAUUCAAGAUCAACUGUGCAUGGUAGGAUGCAAGAUCCCUUGGUUCCCGGUACUCUGAACUCAAGUACUUACGGGUCAGGUCAUUCUGAUUUAGGGAGUUCCUUCCUGGCUCUCUUAUCUGGGCCAUCAUCACUGUUGCAAUGUGAUUAUCAGGACUUAUCAAAUCUGAAGGAAUCCCACACCUCCAGCAGGGUUUCUAUCAAUAGCUCCAGUGUCCCUGUUAAUGCCUUUGUAACUGGGAUUCAACUGAUGUCUUGUGGGAUACUCCCAGAAAAUCUAAGCAAUGGAAAUCUUCGAAAUGGAGCAAAUGUUUGUCCUCCUGUUUUGCCCCGAGAAGUGGGGAGGUCCAGUGAUACUGAUGAUUCUGUCUUGCAGAGCAGUCAGGCUGCUAACUUAAAUUUUCAGAGUUUGGACCUCUCCCAGGGUGUCAUUCAGCAAUUAGUUCAUGGUAACGAGAAAACGAGGAAUUUUUCUCUGAAAGGCGAAUUGUUUGGUACAAGUACUGCAACUUCUGAGAAGUUCCAUGGGACAAAUACUCAAGCACUACCAAUAUCUUCUGCUCCCGAGCAGUUAUCGAAUCUUUUGGGUGGUUGCCCUCGUGUCUUUUGCUUGAAUACUAGUGGAUAUCUACUUCUCAGCAAUAUUGGAUUUCUUGGUAUAAUUUGUUCAUGCCAUUUCUUCCACAUGUCUGUUGCCAAAUUUUGUGAGCAUUCAGGAUUUUUAGGCAUUAACCCUGGCGAUGCUGUACGUAUGGAGAGUGGCGAAACUAUUGCUCAGUGGCGUAAGCUCUACUUUCAGAAGUUUGGGAUCAGGGUUCUGGAAGAUCAUGGUGGAUGGGACUGGCCUGAAGGAUUGUCAGCAUCUGCUAGUUUGCUGAAGUCUAGGGCAACUGUGCUGAGCAGAUCUAAUGUUUCUGACUUGACAAAGCCAGUUGGUUCGCCAGGAGGUUCAUUGAUAUCUGCACAGCCUCAAGAUAAUAUCGUGUCUCCAAAGAUCCUUGAGCCAGGGCAGACUCUUGUCACGGAUACCUUGCAUAAUAAACAACAAAGAAAUGUUCAGGAUUGUAAUAACUUUCCUUCCAAGGGUGUGAGUAGCAUGCCACAAAGCAGUCUAUGUGCUAUGGGUGAUGACCAGAUAAUUAUGUCUAGGUUGUCAACUGUGUCAAAAUUUGUUGGUAGAGGAGCAGAUAAGUCUACAUAUGCCCCUAUGAACUCUAUCCUAAAGACUGGAAAUCCAACAGGUUUAGAACAUACUUCGCAGAAUCUUAGGGUCCCUACUAGACCUAACGAUGUUAGAAGAGUUGACAAUGUAAACAGUGUUGUGAUUACAGAAACUGAUGUUACUUCGUCAAACAUAGAGUUGAAGCUUGGGCAACCAUAUCAGCAGAGUCAAACUUCGGGAAGUUUGUCUCGAUCAGUUAUUGGACAAAGGCAUUUAAACACACUCAUUUCUCCUCCAAAGUCACAUUAUCUGGAGCAGAUGAUUCAUAAAGGUGGUAAUUAUGGGGAAAAGGGGGAAACCAAGCAACAGCUUUACCAUGGUGAUGGUAUGUCCUAUCACCCCACAACGAGGGAAGUAGGUCAGGUGAACCCUGGCUGCUAUGUAUUAGGAGCAACUAAUCCUAUUGAUGAUUCUAAACUAGAAAAAUUGGGAGGCAAUGCCAUCAAGAGUUCAGGGGUUCCACUAGUAACUCUCAAUAAUAUGCCACCUGAGGAUUAUGCACACUCUAAAGAUACCAAUGUUGCAGUCAAUAUGAGUGAACAUGUUAUUCCUAGAAUGCUGCAUUUUGAAUCUCAUACUGGAAAGUCUGAUUCGAUUAAUGUCCCCUCUAAUGUUAGUACUGUUCUAGAAAGGCAAUUUAAUCUUCCUGAUCUGGAUUUCUUCAGACUGAUGGACAAAGGUAAUGUACUGGGAUGUGUUUCCGAUGACUCUAAUGCUGUGACAGAUUCAGCAUUUAAAGUUCAUAAGCAGAUGGAAAAUCCAUCUUCUUCAAUUGGACAUAUGGGCAGAAGCAUUGAUCCCGGUUUUUCAGUGGUGCAGGACAAGGACUAUUAUUCCUGUCAGACAUCUAAUGUACAUCCAGAUGCUUUUGAUACCAGAAACUUAUUUAAUUAUCCUGCAAAAAAUCCUAAUCAUGUAGAUAGAGAGCAAUCCGAUCACAUUGCUCUUAGAUCCAUGGCUUCGUCCUCGCGAAUGUUGCAAGCACCAGCUGUCUCGAUGAGUUUCCCUUCUGCAAUUUCAACUUCUGCACCAGUUCUUGCUCCUGCUUUGUUGAGACAAGAGAGUAUGGGUGUAAACUCUUAUUUGCUUGAUGACAACAUGAGAUUACUUGCAUUAAGGCAGAUCUUGGAGUUGUCAAAGCAACACCACGCAAUAUCUUCACUUGGAGCUAAUCAAGAGCCUGAGAAGUGUGGUCGGCCUUCUGAUGUCAAAAUGCUUCAUUCUCUCAUAGAUCUGUCUGCAUCUGGAGAACAAAGGUUUGGUCCUGAUCUUAGCAGUAAGCAGAGUGUUUCGGUAGUUACUGGAACAUCACUUCCAUCUGGUGCUACUAGUGACGCUGGUGAUUCAAAUAAACAAGCCCCUGAUAGAGGUCUCAAUGACUGGUACAAUAUCUCAUCUAUGACCCAUGGAAUUUCUUUGUGUGCCAUGGAGAAGUACAUGUCUGCUCCAUUUUCCUGGAAUCCUCUUCUAAAUAAGCAGGAUGAAUUGAGACUUGGUAGAAAAGAAAAUAUCAAUCAAUCAGGUGAUUGUGAAAAAUAUUGUCAGAGGUUACCUUGUAUGUAUUUCCAUGGAAACUGUGGCUGUGCUGCCUGCACAAAAUGUUUGAGAGGAAACUGUUUUCCAAGAGUUGGGAGCUCUUCUAACUGCUCAAAGCAGCAGACGGGAAUUGUCAAGUGUGGACCAUCUUCCUUAGUUGCUCCUGAAUUUGCUCCAAAUGGUAUUGCUCUUAAGGAAAAUAGUUCUUUAUUGGACCAACAGGCGAAAUUGAAUGAAAAAUUAACUAAUGGAAAUGUUUGCUGUGCAUCUCAAUGGAAGGAUGUGCCAAGCUGGCAGAAAAGGGCCUGUGAUAUAGAGUGUAUUGACCAGUCAGCUGAUGUGUUGAAUGGGGCAGCACGUGAUGAGGGUAAGCUUAGAGAUCCUUGUUCUGUAUGCCUUACUGGAGUUGCACAGAUAUCUGAUGCCUUGAAAGAGCAAGAGACUUCUAACAUAUCUUCUGGAUCUUCUGCUCCUGCUAUUACUGAGGCAUCAGUUGAGGUUAACAACAUAGAUUCUUCGACUGCUGAUGGUGGGGAUUCUGGAUACAAAAAUGAUGUCAUAGUUGAUGAAGGAUCAGGUAUUGAUAAAUGCUGGUCAUCAGAUGAUUGUCUUGAAAGUGAAAGAAAUGAUGAGCUCCAUACUGCUACUUGUAAAACUAACACAAGAGGAGUGUCCUCCAGAGUUUUCAAUAAUCAGUCAUCCCGUACUCUUCUUGAUGAGCUUAAGCUCAUAGAUUCUCUGACUUGGAAGAAAGGGCGAAACCAAAUUCAUUCUGAGAUUCCAAUUCAUAAGAAUAGUUGUUUAAAAACAUUUAAGACGCACUUGAAAACUGGGAAAAGAAAAAAAUCAGUAAAACUGAAGAUGCUGGAUUCAUCGGCUCCUCGCAUAGAUCUAGCAAUACAUGAUGAUGAAUAUCCAAAAAGUUCUCACGCUGUUGAGCAACUAACUUGCUCAUCUAAAGGUAAGCAGAUGUUUUUACCUUCUGGCCAAGAUCCAUUUACAGCUUUUGCCGCUUCAAUUCAAUCUAGUCCUAAAAAUAGGAAGUCUGUGCUCUCUUCAGCGAAAAUGGGAUGCAGAAAAAGAAACUUGCAUAAGAUUUAUGAUGAGCAGGAGAUGGGAGAUGACUACCAAUUAGGAUCAAAUGGUGAUACCAACUUUCAGAAGAUCAUUCCAGUUUCUGGCAAAAAGAAGGUAGGACCGGCUCAGAAUUCCGAGUCUUUUGGGAAGUGGGAGAUACAAGAAGAAAAUCGUGUGGGCAGUGUGAAGCCCUCUUGCAGUCAUCAGGCAAAUGCUUGUCAUGAUAAGCCAAGGCCUGUAGUUUGUGGAAAGUAUGGUGAAAUAUCUAGUGAAAAACCUGCUGAAAAUGCUUUGAGGAAAACAAAGUAUGUUUCUCUUAAGAGAAUUCUUAAAACUGCCCCAAGAUAUACGCUUCCCAAUGGUUACAAACCUGAACGGACUUCUACUAUGGAGUUUAAGAAGAGACGCUUAGGCAAAAGCUAUGCGUGCUUUGAUGGACUAUCGAGUUUGAAAAAAGAGGAAGAACAGAAAACCCAGGGUACUACAUUUAGUUGUGAGAUGAGUCUUCAACAUUCUAUUGAAGAAGAUAGUGUAGGCAACAAGGAACUUGCUGAUGAUUUGUCCGUAUCUGGAGGGAAAGAAGAUCAAAGCAAGGAAAAUUUUGCUGCUUUGCAUGGUAAUCAAAAUACUAAAUCAAGGCCUGCAAUUAAGGAAACUCGGAAGCGCAGCCUUUAUGAACUGGCAGUCAAAGGAACAAAUUCUGGUUCUGAAACCUUUUCCCAUAUGAAGAUCUCGAAAUGCAUGCCAAAAAUGGAAGUGGACAAAUUUUCAAAGAUUGCUGAUAACGGUAAAUUUCAUGAACAGAGAUAUUGCAAAAUCAAUGGGGAAAAAACUAUUCCAGAAAGCAGGUGUCUGCCUAGUACUGAUUCAGAUGCAUCUUGCUGUGUUUGUGGAAGUUCAAAUAAAGAUGAAUUCAACUGUUUAUUGGAGUGCAGUCUUUGUCUAAUUAAGGUGCAUCAGGCUUGCUAUGGUGUUCUCAAAGUACCAAAAGGGCAUUGGUGUUGCAGGCCAUGCAGGACUAAUUCUAAAGAUGUUGUAAGAAUUGUAGCUUAUAAAAAGUACUGGGGAGAAGCAAACUUGAAGAUACAUAAUAGCAUUACAGCUGGAGUGCUGGCAAAUGUAAAGCAAUGGGUACAUAUGGUUUGUGGACUCUGGACUCCUGGGACACGAUGCCCAAAUGUUGACACUAUGAGCACAUUUGAUGUAUCUGGUGCUUACCGGCCCAGACGAAAUGCGGUUUGCUCAUUCUGUGAUCGACCAGGUGGCUCUUGUAUUCGGUGCAGGGUUAUGAAUUGCUCUGUUUAUUUCCAUCCUUGGUGUGCUCACCAAAAGGGUCUGUUGCAAAGUGAGGUUGAAGGUGUUGACAGUGAAAAACUUGGUUUUUAUGGACGAUGUGGACUUCAUGCCACUUUUCCCAAAUCUAAAUCUGGUGGCAAUUCUUCAGCUACUAAAAUGGAUUGUAUGGUGGAAAGAGAAUCAACCUGUGCUAGGACUGAGGGUUACAAGGGCCGCAAACGAGAUGGCUUUUCGCAUAACCUUUAUGGUGAAUCAAGAGGAAAAGGCGGGUGCUUUGUUCCCCAGGAGCAGUUAAAUGCUUGGAUUCACAUCAAUGGACAGAAGUCAUGCACACAGUGGCUUUCGAAGCUUCCAACAACUGUUGAGUAUGAUUGUCGGAAAGAAUAUGUCCGCUAUAAACAGGCAAGGGGUUGGAAGCAUUUGGUUGUUUACAAGUCUGGCAUACAUGCUCUAGGUCUUUAUACAUCUCGGUUCAUUUCCCGAGGCGAAAUGGUGGUUGAGUAUGUUGGGGAGAUUGUGGGACUGCGUGUGGCUGACAAGAGGGAAAUUGAAUAUCAGUCUGGACGAAAACUGCAGUACAAAAGUGCUUGCUACUUUUUCAGGAUAGACACAGAGCAUAUAAUUGAUGCAACCCUCAAAGGGGGAAUUGCUCGCUUUGUCAACCAUUCAUGCUUGCCGAACUGCGUCGCCAAAGUGAUAUCAGUGAGGAAUGAAAAAAAGGUUGUCUUUUUCGCAGAGAGAGACAUAUACCCAGGAGAAGAAAUAACAUAUGAUUAUCACUUUAACCAUGAGGAUGAAGGCAAGAAGAUACCGUGUUUCUGUAAUUCAAAGAACUGCCGGCGUUACCUGAACUGAUGAUCAGGUCUACUUUUAUGUAAGUAAAAGAAAAUAAUUCUUUUGUGGUAGCAUCGUUAAUCCCAUAUAUUGUCAUUUUGUUCAUGUGGAACUUGGAAUAUAUUUCCAUACUAUGUAUAUAUACAUGCAAAAGCUGCCAUUUUUUUGGUCCUCCUUGUAGGUAUCUGGAAUAGCGUUGGUUUCAGUGAGGCAGAUUUGUAGGUGUUAAUGUUUCACAAUUGUUCCCAUGGAAAUUUCUACUUAGACGGGUUAAUCUAUAUUCAUUUUCAAUGCGUUGCUUAUGGAUUUUUCGCAUGGAUGUUCGAAUAAAUCACUAUUGAUCUUUUGAUUUCUA